AUGGCUGUUUCAAUGAGCCACUCUUUUGCACAGACUGUUGCAGAAUUCAACAUCAAAGACAUCCAUUCCAUCGCAUCAGUCAAUGGACCAGAUCAUUUUUUCAAGAAACUUCACUCAUUAAACACCGAUGACUCAUCAGACUUUUUUCAGUGGUCAGAUACCGAUGACAAUAUAGAUGACGAUUAUCUGGAAGGACCUUUCAUUCAACCGGUCAGAGACUCAGAUCGUCCGGCAAUAACUGUAGUAGACAAGUCUGGCGUUCACUCCCUUUCCAUAUGUUAUUGCCAAUGCCCCGGUGCUCUCAGCCGAGACAUCCAGCUCUUUCAAGCAGGCUUGUUUCUGGCGUCUUUUACCAGACCAAAAACUGCAUUCACAUUCACUGUCUUGGACGACUUUCUGUUAGACAAUCUCGAGUGCAGUACAUCGGCCAUGAAUUACUACAGCAAAAUUCGCAGACUCACCUCUAGCAUCUUUCCACUGAUGGUUCCGGAUUGCUAUAGAGAGCUCAUGAGAGCUGCCAGGCAGUGGCGACAAUGCAAGCUCUACAAGUGGCAUGGAUUUGCCCACAAAGAUGACCAGCCAAAGGAUGGUGAUCUUGCCCUAUUUUGUCCGGCAUGUCCGCAACCGGGUAUAAACUUGGACCUGUCUACCGGUACAGUCGCCCAGCCCGAUGAUACACCUUCCUGGCUCAUGACUAGGUAUUUGGUCAUGGAUGGCAAUUUCAAAGCCGAGCACAUGCAUCCGGUGAAUCCAUCCGAUAAAGUAUCAUUAAUGGAUGGUCUGGGGUUCAUGGUCUCCGAUGAAAGAUACAAGAGCCAUUUGGCCAUUGCUCAAGACAAUGUCCAAAGGUCAGAUUGCAAUAAUCACCGGGCAGUAAAUCAAGCAAAUGCCUCGCGGCAAAGGCUGGAAGCCACCGGUAUAGGAGGAUGUGCAUGUGCACGGCAUGGCUGUUUUGUCCCACAUUCCAUGGUCAACUUUCAGAAAGGCGAAAGGCAGAUGAACAUGGACUAUGCAUUAAGUCAAGCUCUCAACUAUAAGACCGAUGGAAUCUCUCGAGCCAUCACUUUCUACAACAUAAAUUGUCAGUAUAACAAGUAUUUGAAGGACUGGAUCACUUCCAGCACGUAUCUUUCCAUCCCCAUAGGUAUGGAUAUCAUUCCUGGAAUCGGCCUAGGCUUGGAUUUUGCGAAGCCUAAGCUGCCGGCCCAAGCCGCGGCUUAG